UGAUGCUGGUGGCGGCGCUUCGAGUCUUCGUACAUACAGUGUGGGAUCAGAUAGAAACACAGGAAUGUGUCUUACACCUCGAUGACAGAUAUAAGAUCUUCCCUGACGGCCAGAGACCCACAGACAUCUGUGGAUACACGUCCUCUUUUACUAAGUGUGGGGAGAAAAAGGGUUCCUUUCAGCGUACCACACUAUCAGUGAUGUGGCUGAAUAAAGAAGAACUCAACACAGAGACGAGAGGCACUCAAGUGGAUUCGCCAUCAUGUCGAUAAAGCUAUCUAAACGCAUAAGCAGCAAGAAGAAAUAUCCUCCAGAUCCUCCAAAUGAUAAUCUCCGAGCACAGAUACUAUGUAACCUGGGCCUGGAGUUCUUCAAGUAUGUACCAAUGGACCCAGCAUGCAUGCUGGAGAUCAGCACUUGGUCUUUGGAGGAUCAAGCUCCUCAAGAGUCCAAAGAUCUGCCAAAUGCUUUUCUUCGACGUCUUUGGCUACUCAGCCCAGAUGCCAGGAGUACUUGCUGCAAAGGUCCAAGUGAUGCUCCAGAUGAUACCAACAAUUUACCUGAGAUACCGAAUGGUUUGGGUAGAGAAAGCCAGUCCAUCUUAAAUCCCCUUGAUCUAGUCACAGCUGUCUUCAUGUCUGCCAACAACUUCCUUCAGCAGGAGAUGACAUGGCGCAUGGUGCAGUGUCAGUUUGCUGUGCCCCUAGUCCUACCAAGUAUGAUUCCUGAAGAACCUAGUCACUUUCUUCUCUGGCCCAUGAGAAGUGUUGUGAGCCAUUGGACAAGUCACUUACCCGCACAAAAUGAGAGGGUUCAAGAAGGUAAUCUGGCGAGUACGCGCAUGCCGAUGGUUUCUUGUGUGAAACUUGGUCGCUGUGGUGUCUCCAAGUCACAGGUGCUCAACCAAAUCAUAACUGGACUCAAAUCUUGCAAUGAAACAUUUGUACACAGGGGAAUGGAUGGAGGGCAGCUUCCCCAAACACUAUCCAAUGGCCUGGUAGAGAUUGGAUGGUAUGUCCCCAGUGAAGACACUUUGAGAGAUUUUCUCCCUGUCCCUGUGGUCAUCUCUAACCUACGUGGUGAUGCCAGCAUGCAUGAGAAAUGCUUCAGCCUUCUAUGUCAAGCUUCUUCAGUUGUGAUUGUUUUCUGCGAUACUCUUAGGGAAAAAGACAAACAACUUCUUGCUUCCCACAAAGACAUGGCAAGCAAGCUCAUAGUGGUUGACAUGGACUCUGGGAAAAAUGAAAACAGAGUUGUGGGGUUUGCUGGUCUAAACUUUGUAAAAGACAUGGGGGUACCUGAAGGGUCAGUGCUGCAAGGGAAAGAUUUGAGUGAGGAGGAACUUGCUCAAAGGUUGUGUGAGAUACUGAAAGAGCUGUAUCCAGACAAACUGAAACUUGUUACAUUAGAGGAAGCAGCAGAAAUAGCAGUGGAACUUGGCCUUAAUUUAGAUGAAGGGACAUGCUGUAAACAGGCAAUGGCCACAAUGGAGAAAGUAUUAAAAGGUUUGGAUGAUGGACUUGACCAGUUUAUGGAGAAGCAGCUUCCCUUACAGGGGCCUUUGUGGAGCAAUCUGACAGAAAUAGAAAAGAAGGAGAGUAAACUGGGAAAAGAAGAAAAACAGCUUCACCUCCAACUGCGAAAAGAAAAGAAAGCCAUUUUGGCUGAGUUGAGGAGCUACAAAAUGACCCCAGCAAUGAAGAUUUUUACCAAUGCGCUUUUCACAACAGAUAAAGUAGAGAGGACCUAUUUCCUGAACUGGAUGAAAUUGAGGCUUACGCUAAAGCAAACUGAAACAGAAAGCCAUACACAUGAUCUAUUCACAGAUCCGAAGACAGAAAGUCAAAAUGGUAUGUCUGAACAUUCUGAUCAGCUCUCAGAUGAUCAGAAUGUCACUAAUGACCUCUUUGACAGUGAUAGCUUCUGUACAGACUCAAUGUUUGAAGGCGAGAUCUCUGAUGAGCAACCUGUAAAUGCUGGACUGACUGAAAAUCUUGGGUCCGCAGUUGAUUUAGUUCCAGAGCAGGAGUUGCAUAUGACAUCCAAUGGUGCAAUUCAAAGCGAAGGCAUAACUGAAAACUGUUUUGAAGAACAAAACCAAGACAGUGAUUUGGAGUCUGAUGUACCCUUGAGCUGCCAAGAGACACAGCAAUGUAAACAUGAGCUAACAAUAGCAGCCGCAGAUUCAAACCCUACUGAGCAACGUAUGCACCCAGGUGUUCCCACUGAACCACAGGUGAUGAUGGAUCUGGUUGAACCUGAUCAGGUUGUUCAACCUGAUCAGGUUGAAGUUGAUCAGGUUGAACCUGAUCCAUCUUCACUGGGGCUUGAGCACUUUUUGCGUGAGAUGGGCCUAAUUUUUGACUUUACUUACAUCAGCCCUGGCAUUGGGAGCCAGAGUGUGUUGCGUCUACCCAGUUUAGCUGCAGACCUGCUCCUUUACGGGGUUCCACUUGAGCUAAUGGAUGGGGAUGCCUCAAACAUUCCCAUUCGCUGGCUGGGCUGUGUCUUUGGAGAGCUCAAACGCCGACUCCCACAGCAACCCAAAAUGAGAGUGGUUACAAAUCUUGGCGUACAUCAUGCAAAUAAUGCAGAGGUUCUCUUGGCAUUAUUUGGUGUACAGUUCCCCAAUGGAGGCAAAAGAACCACUAGAGGGGUGUACAUGGUUGUGCUCUGUCUCCCACAAUCCUUGAGAAAGCCCAUGAGGUGUGAUUAUCUACUGUUAAUCAAUGUAGAUGGUCUCUGCUCACCUUCUCAAGACAACAAAAUAAAUACCAGGAUCCAUGACAAUGAGAUGGUCACUGUUGCAACAGCAUUGAGCAAUGUUAUAAUGCAUAAUAUUGCUUCAAAUGCAAGUUCUGACUUCGAAACAGACUUCACUGUCAUUGUCAGUGCGCUCCUACGAAUAAAAGAAUCUGGCCCCGUACCCAGCUGCCAAAUCCUGGUUCAGGAUGAAGAUAUAAACAGUUUGUUACUAGCCUCGCAGUUAAAGCGUGUUUGUGAGAUGCUUCAAGAUGCAACUGAGGUCAAAGGAACGAAUAAUUCAGAUGAGCAAAAAACAAAGAACACAAGCGACAUCACCUGUAUCAAAGGGCCUUGGUCCAGUGCAUCCCCAUCUGAUCCAGUUGAUAGUCAGUAUGGUAAGGCUGUUUUGAAGUUUAAAAAAAACGUGUUUGAGUCAUUGGAAAAAUGGGCAGCUAAAUAUGAAGCCACAAGUCUGCCACAAUUUAUGAUUCGUUUGAGUGCAGUUUGGGACGCACUAAAAAAAGAAUCAUUCACCACUGGUUUGCAAAAUACUAACACAGCAUUAGCGUUUUCUUUAUUUUGCAUAGAGUUCUCUCAGUGGGAGGAUAGUUUUCUGGAGCACACAAAAAGUUGGCUUUUGGGUGCAGAAAGAAAAAUCUUUGCCACAAAGGAAAGGGCUUUAAAAGCUGAAAUCCAAAAUGGCCUUCUGAGUGCGUUGAAGGAUGAAGUCAAGGUGGACAUCAAAACAGAGUUAGACAAACUCAAGUCAGACGUAGAUACCUAUAUGCUGGCAAAUGACAUCCUCAAAGAGAGAUUUGAAACAUUACAGCCAAUUUGUAUGUGGUAUAUUGAUGACCUCCGGGAGCGAGUAACUCAAGAAUCAAUGCAAAGGUUGGCAACAGCCAGUGAGAGUCAUUGUUCGUAUGUACAGCUGAACAAAUUUGAGACCUUAUUGGAAAAAGAGCAAGAGUCCACGCUGUGCAAACUCCUAGAGAACAGCAAGUCAACCAAAGUUCUCCUACAGGAUGAAAAACUAGAGGAGGAGUUUGAGGCUGUAUGGAAUACAACACUGUCCAGCUUUGAAUUCAGGCCUACAGAGAAUGAGAAUAUAACUGCAAGAGUGACAGAUAUCCUGAGACAGAAUCUGAUCAGCCGUGGUCUCCACAAACACAUGAAGAAAACUGAAGACAUUAGCCAAAACCUGAUAUCUGGCUUCCAAGUUUAUGAUGACCACUUUGGAUACCGCAACAGGUUAAAAAAGGACAACAACAAACUCCAGAAGUCAGAGGCUGAACAGGUAGCAUGCACUUUGAUAGCAGAAUACAAACAGUUUGUGGCAGAUAAAUCAAGCUUAGUGGCAAAUUUCUCUGACAGCUACAUUACUGAAAUUUUAGAGAAUGUUGAAAAAACUUUGAGGGAAAAGUCUAUGGGAAUCAGAACAGCUUUUGAAGUGGAUCUUAAAGUGUAUCUGUGUAGCUGGGCGUGCCAGGAUUUCCAAAAAGUACAUGACCGCUAUGCCAAAGACAAAGAGCUUUUGACAUACAUGACUGUGAGCAAGAGUACAUACCUGGCAAAGUUCAUUUACCAGUUCAGGAAGAGAGACCAACGUCACAGGGUGGCACAAGCAUUCACCUCCAUAGUCAUCAAACCUGCUGUUUUGGACUAUAUCUAUGGGCCACUGGGGCCACAUAUUGUACAAGACAUCCAAUCUAAACAACAGCAGUAUCAGUCCUCACGCGCCUUCAACCAAAGCUUGCUGGAAGAGCUGAUAAAGGAAGACAGCUUUGAAGGAUUUCUGGAAUACUUGCAUUGUUAUGACGCCUACAGGCAGAAGAAGGUCCAGGAGACACUGGUGGCUUACCUCUCUGAAUCAACCAACGUGAAUAAUUGGAGGCUAAACCGACUUGGAGAAAUUGUAGGAAAGAUUGCAGCAGCAAUGAGCCAAACAGCAGAGGAUACAAAUGGAGUGCAGCGCGAUACAAAGCCACUGCUGGAAAGAGUGUGCCUCAUUUUAGAGAGUGAUGCAGAUUUGGAUGUCUCCAGGUCCUCUCUGGAUGGACCUCUCUUCAGUAUCGUCACAGAAUGGGAUCAUUUUGUCAAACAUUUAAUGGAGUUACUGGCUGCAUUGCGGUUGGACCUCGCCCAGGAGUUCUCCCAAAAAGUGGAUGUCACCCAACUUCUUAGUUGCCUUAGUGACCCCAAACAGUCCCUCUUCAACAGAGUGAGAGGCUGUGAUAAGCGAUGUCCACUCUGCAGAGCCCCGUGUGAGGAGGAGACAAAAGGACAUCAGGUUCACAGAGCUGUGUUCCACAGACCCAAAUGGAUGCUGCCUUUUGUGUCCGUUAUCAGUUGCCCUGAAAUUAUGAGUGAGUGUGACUCGGUCCAGAACCAGAACAUGCAGAGUACAUAUGUGCCAUGCAGGAACUUCCUUUCCCUCAACACAGACUGGGCCAUCGACCCUGAGGACCAAAACAUGCAGAUGUCCAGUGCUUACUGGAGGUAUGUCUUGGUGAGGUUCAGAGAGAAGUUUCUCAGGGAAUAUGGGGAGAUGGCAGCAAAUCUUCCUCUGGAGUGGAAUACAGUCACUGCGGAGGAGGCUUUAAGCAGUCUGAAGGACGCUUACAUCACUAGACUGUGCUGAUCAACAACAACACAUUUUGGUGAUAAAGAUCGGGUAUGACCUUGUAUCAGACUUACAUUCACCACUGAUUUUGAUAACAGCAACAUUUGUCAGAAAAAAUAUUCCUGAGAACCAUACUUUAAAACAUUGAUGAUGGAAACUGACUUGUUUUUUUAAAUGAUUAUAUUAUGUUUUCUUUUAGUCAUUCCCUUAAUAAGACAUGGUCCUAUCGAGAAAUAAUAUAUUUUUUUAAAACAAAUCGUAUACCUUAUUAUCUAAAUCCACUGCAACCCGAUAACCUUUUAAACCUGUAAUUUAGAUGUGCAGAUAUGUAACAUAUUGUGUGUGCUAAGUCUAUCCACAGUAUAUCCAUAGCCCUAGUUUUAUAUGAAGACAUAAACAUUGCGAUGAUACAUUUUCACUUGGAGGAUGUGCCAGUGAAACAGUCAAAUGUGUUACAACAACAGGAAGGGAAAGUAUUUAAGUGACAGCAACAAAAACACUACAACUGUGAUAAUUGUAUUCCUUAUUUGCUCUUUUUAAAUACACAUGGUCUACUGUACUUUUAGCAUUUUAUAUUACUGACGCGUGGAUGUUUGCAUCACAACAUCACUGAAGUGAAGUGAAUGAGAUAAAGGCAAAGUCAAAUGGUGAGAGCCACAAGAGGGCGAUGUAGGAUGGGAAAUCUCAGAGACCAUUAUUUUGUAUAUAUAGAUGCUGAAUCUGUCUUGUUAUUUCUUAUAUUAAUCCAUCAAUUAAUUCAUUCA